GGGCCGUGAACAGCCGGAGAAGGCCGUUAGGUCAAGAGGCAGGGGUUGGGCAGAGCCCUGUUGUCUGGGGCCUAAAAUCGGGAAGCUCAGGCUUGAUCAUUUGUAGGGAAGGGGCUGGCAGUGACUGUGGGGUCUGCCUGGAGCCCACACCCGUCAGCCCGAGAGAACCCUGGGGGGCCCAUCCCAGCCCCCGUGACACCACCCCACCGGGCGCCCACCCUCCUCUGCACCUGGCCCGAUUCCCUGCCCCUGGGCCUGUGCUCUGGGGGGCUCCUGUGUCAGGAGGAGGACAUCUGGGUGUGAAGGAGCCAGGCCCCCGUUUGGUGCCUGGGAGGCGUCCUCGCGGGCCGGCACCAGACAGGCUCCAGCCAUGGGGGUCCCCCUCCUUGAGGGCCUGGGCGUGACGCUGCCCGCCUGCCCACCGUCCCGCCCGCUCCCUCCCACUCCUACCCUGUGCCGCCCGGCUGACUCACAUGUUUCUUCCGCCACCACCCUGGCAGGCCCUGCAGGGCGGGCAGGGUAUAAGUGUCCACGGAGGCGGCCCUGGUGCUGCCUGUCCCGGCUUCUGAGCGUGGCAGAUGGCCUGGUGCAGGGCUGCCCUCCCACUGCUGCUUAUCGCAGCGUCCAGCGUGCGUGGCGGUGAGGCCUUCAAAUGCUUCACAUGCGAGCAGCCCACAACCAUUUCGCUGUGUAAGAACGUCACUCGCUGCAAGCCGGAGGCCACGGCCUGCCAGACGGUGCUGGUGCAGGUGGAGUCGGAGUACCCCUUCAACCAGAGCCCCAAGGUGACCCGUUCCUGCGCCAACUCCUGCAUAGCCACCGACCCCGACAGCAUAGGAAUCGCCCACCCCGUCUACUGCUGCUUCUAUGACUUGUGCAACUCCAUGCAGGGCACCAGGCUGGGGGCCAGCCGCCGGGGGCCCCGGUCCUCGGCCACCUCCUUCCCUGAAGGGCCCAGCGCCACUGGAGAUCGCCUCUACCCACGUGCUUCCUUGAGCUCCCCGAGCCUCAGGUGAAUCGCGGGCCCCAAGGGCUACGAGUUUUGCCAGGGGCCCUCUGUCGCCCACCCUUGCAGAGGAUAAAUAAAGACGAGGCAGAG